UUAAAAACAAAAUCUUGUUAUAGAGAGGAAAUUAGAGCACAAAAUCCUCUGUACUUUUGUUUUAUGGAAAUUUUAAAUAAAUAAAUCCUUAUUUUGAGAAACAAAUUGUAAUUUGUUUUGACUAAGGAAACCUACCACCAAAAAAAAAAAGAAGGGUGAAAACGUCAUUUAAAAGGAGAUAAACAGUGGUAAAUGAUGCCAUUGUCCUUCACUCUCUGAACUCUUGAAGUCUGAAGACAAAGAAUAGAAAACAUAAAUCCUUAAAGAAGAUUGCUCUACAACAACGAAGAAGAAGAAGUAGAGAGAGAGGAACGGCGCCGUGAAAACUGAAUUCGUCACUGAGGUUGUGGAGGAGAAAGAGUGAUGGAGUCAUCAAAAUGGUGGUGGAUUGGAAAUCACAACACUACUAAUUUCUCUCCUUGGCUUCAUUCUACUCUCUCUGAAUUGGAUGAAAAGACAAAGCAAAUGCUGAGAGUGAUUGAUGAGGAUGCGGAUUCUUUCGCCGCAAGAGCUGAGAUGUAUUAUAAGAGGCGACCUGAGCUUGUAGCCGUGGUGGAAGAAUUCUACCGUUCUCAUCGCUCCUUGGUCGAGAGGUACGACUUGUUGAGACCUUCUUCUGUGCACAAACAUGGCUCAUCAGAUUAUCAUGACAAGUCAUCAUCAACUUGUGAUGAUGUGUCUUCUUGGUCUGAGGUUUGCGAGACUCAUGACGAGUACGCAGAGUCUGAAGUAGAUGACGGUGAAAGGAAAUGGGUUGAUGAUGAAGGUGAGAUCGAUGGCAUUGUCGAGGAGAUGGAAUCAUCGCAAGUCGGUUAUGGUGAAGGUAAUGGAGAUUAUGAGAUGAUGAAGGAAGAGAUAGAGAGGCUGAGAGAGGAGAAUAAGGUUUACAGGGGAAUGGUGAUGGAGAAAGAUGAAGAGAAGAGAGAAGCUAUAAGGCAGAUGAGUUUAGCAAUACAAAUGCUUAAAGAAGAGAACUCAGAGCUCAAGAAACGUGUUUCUACUGUUGUUGCUGCAAAGAAUAAGGAAGGUGAUAGUAGUUCUCGGAGGAAGCAACAAAUGUGGAAGAAGCCAUUGAAAGGGUUGUGGGGGAAAGUAGUAGGAAACUGGGUCCUUCCAAACACAGAUUCUACUGCCAGAGAGCUCAUGACUCUUUAGACAGAGAGGUCUGUGUGUGUGUGUGAUCAAGAACAGAAAGAAACUGAGGAAUUUUCUUGAAAGGUUAAACAUCUUUGUACUCUGUGAGAGGGGUAGGGUAUACUCAAGUAGUAGUUAGUGUAAUGUUUCAUAGGAUUACAGAUUUACAGUUAUAGCUAAGUCCAUGAAGGUUUGAUUUACAUUAUCUAUAUAGUUGGUUUUCCAAAUCAAUUUUUUUGUUCUUUAAUAUCUGCAAGUUCUUUUUUAUGUGUACUAUUGAUGGUUAUAAUAAGUUGUUGUUACAAGUA